ACACGUCGGCCAUGGCGAUGGUGAGCGAGCGCGCGCGCCUACCCUGUGACGUGACCUCUGCCUUGACGAACGACCGGGUGGUGCUGAUCCUGUGGUACCGUGGCUCUACCGGCACGCCCAUCUACAGUUUCGACGCUCGAGGGACGACCAUCCAUGACGGGAAGCACUGGUCAGACGAACGACUCCUGGAGAAGCGCGCGUACUUCGAACUGCUCUCAAGCAAUACGUGGAGUGGGUCGACAGCCCCAGGAGCUCACCUGGAACUGUUCCCCGUCCAGGACCGCGACCAGGCCACCUACCGCUGCAGGGUCGACUACCAGCUCUCCCCAACCAAGAAUACCAUUGUCAACUUCACCGUCAUAAUACCGCCCAACAAGCCAGAGAUCUACAAUGCCACGAACCAGCUUGUGACAGGCAAGACGAGCGCUUCCAUCAUCGGGCCGUACAAUGAGGGUGACCAGCUGGAUCUCAUAUGCAAAGUCACAGGAGGUCGGCCGGCCCCUCUGAUACUGUGGCUGGUGAACGACGAAGUGAGACGGACGGAGGUCGUGGAGGAGGAGGAAGGAAUCCUCAGCGCCUCCGUCAGUGUACCAGAGCUCACCCGUAGGCACCUUCACGCCGUGUUCGAGUGUCGCGCCUUCAACUUCAAUGGCUCAGAUCCUGUUACCUCUACAGUCACCCUCGAUAUGAACUUCCGUCCCGUGAACGUAACCAUCCUAAGUACCGCUGAUAAGCUGAGUGCCGGCACCGAGUACGAGUUGGUGUGCCAAGCCUGGGGGUCACGGCCCGCUGCCAUCAUCAGCUGGUGGAAGGGUGGCACCACGGCACUCAAGGAGGCUGUGAUGACGACGUCGCCGGAUAGUAACGUGACCACAUCCAUCGUCAAGUACAAAGCGGACAUGAUAGACAGUGGAAAGUACCUAACAUGCCGCUCAGAGAAUCAACUGAUCCCGAAUUCAGCCAAGGAAGACGGUAUCAAACUCAACGUACUCUACAAGCCAGUGGUGACGCUACAGAUGGGCAGCAGUCUCAACCCAGACAACAUCAAAGAGGGGGACGACGUAUACUUUGAGUGUCACAUCAAUGCUAACCCCACCGUCAGCCGGGUCUUCUGGUACCACAAUGGCGUCACCGUGGAACAUCGUGUACCCCGGGGCAUCAUCCUUCAGAACCAGACGCUGGUCCUUCAGAAGAUCAACAGGGACUCGGCGGGCCUCUACACCUGCGCCGCCAUUAACACUGAAGGCAAUGGCGAGAGUCAACCCGUCAACCUCAGAGUCAUGUACAAGCCGUACUGCCGGCGACACAGCAAGACGAUCUACGGGACGGCGCUGCACGAGCCUGCCAGCGUGACGUGCGAGGUGGAGGCCAGCCCGGGACCUGUCACCUUCAGGUGGACCUUCAACAACACCUCCGAGCACCUGCCCAUCCCGGCCUCCGCCGUCACCUCCCAGGGCCAGACCUCAGUGGCCAGCUACGCCCCCAAGAGCCACCUGGAUUACGGUACGCUGCUCUGCUGGGCCUUUAACACCAUCGGCGAGCAAAGUGUUCCAUGUGCCUUCGCCAUUAUCCCUGCAGGCCCGCCGGACCCGCCCAAGAACUGCUCCAUCGCCAACCAAACGACAGACACCAUCGAGGUGGAGUGUGUGGCAGGCUUCGACGGCGGCCUUCCCCAGACCUUCUACAUGGAGGUGUACGACUCGACGACAGGAACGCUACACCGCAACAUAUCGUCUGGGGAGCCGCUGUUUCUCCUGACGGCGCUACGGCCCGGCCUCGCCUUCCUCAUGGUCACCUACGCCGCCAACUCCAAGGGCAGGAGUGACGCGGCCCAGCUUGAAACCUUUACCCUCAAAGUGGCUGAGAAGCGUACAGGUCCUCCCGCGCUGCUAGAGUUCACUCCUUUCUUGGGCAUCGUCAUCGGGGUCGUCCUUGUCAUCUUUCUGGUCGUCAUCGUCAUCAUCAUCGUCUUCAAGUUCCGGAAACCACAGUCGAGCCAGGAGGAUGGUGCCUCAGGUGACCAGUUCAAGGGCGAGCUAGAGAACAAGCCCUUGAGCGUCGGGGUCUUGAGGGCGAGGGUGAAGGAGGGUACCAGUGCCGGGGACGUCGAGGAUAAUGACCCCGAUCUAAUACCACAUAAGGCUGACCUGAUGUCAUAUCCACACUACGAGACGAUAGAGCGAGAGGACACGGGUCAGCCACAGUUCGGUCAGGCCUUCGAGGUGAUGCCCACGGUUCGAGCCAUGCCGCUACAGCAUAAUCAGCCUGGAACGGGCGGUGAGGUGACCUACGUGGAGUUAGCAUUGCCUCUGGAGAACCAGAGUGCCGGCUAUUCCGUUAGCAGCGGUGGUGCUGGCGGUGGUGGUGGAGUUGGCGAGCCCUGCAUCUAUGCCACCAUAGACCACAGGAGGAGCCUCUGCAUCAACCCUCCCACCCAUGCCGUCGCCGCCCCCUCCAACGACGCCGUCAAUUUCUACACGCCACGUGACUACAGGAGAGGACACCCCAACUUCCACCACCACGCCAGUAACCCCAAUCUGUAUGCCACGUUAGACCAUAGGCGAGGGGGAACCACCACCACCACCACCACUACCACCACCAACCCCAACUUAUACGCCACACUACCACACCGGAGGGACACCUUUGUCACCAGCAUCAGCACCACCAACGUCAACAUCUCACCGCCAGGAUUUAGAGACAUUAGGAUGAGUUUGCGGACUCCUUUGGUCAGGAGGCCGAGCGAGAGUGCUGUGUAAAUAAGCGUGAAAACACUUUCAUACUUUCACUCUUGUCAGUUGAAGGUCUGAGCUCCAAGAUCCACAGACAUAUGUUAAUAGAAACAUCCUGUGACAUUACUGAUGACUGACAGGAAAGUUACAUUGUGGUUACUGACAAACUAAAUGUUUAUGUGUAUUCGUGUGGACCUGAGCCAGACUCCCUCACAGGCUGACCUAGAAAGUGAAAACACCAGUGAAGUUCCGAGUGUGAGGGUAAUAGUGUUGCAGGGAUACUAAGGCCAAAUUUGACUAAGAUGAUACCGUGUUUUGACAACAGUAUGAACAAGCAGUAAGCUAUUAUUUUCCAUGCUCUUCGCCACUUCUUACACACUUUGUUUAAUAGUGAAAUAUAAAAGUUUUCCCUCAUUAUCAACCAAUACAAUCGACGAUACGAAUCAGUUUGCAAUGUUUUUUUUGUAUGUUUUAUCAGUGGUGAAUCUAAUAGCUCACUGAAUCUACUGUAUUUUUGGUAUGUCAUUGCAUUUUGUUCCUAAUCAAUGUUUAGAGGUGAGUGGCAGUAGAUGGUGCGGGCAGUCGGCGUGAAAGUGAACCUGAGGCAGCAUCCAGUAGGCACGAGUCUGACUCUUAAUUCGCCUCCAUUGUGCGCCACUUGUAUAAAUACUGUAUAUAAUUCAGUGUCUAAAUGUACAAUAUGUAUUUGUUUAUAUAAUCCAAUGAAAAAGAAAACAUGGUGUCCAGAACAUGACGGAGACAGAGGCGGGUUUCUGUGAAGGUGUGACUUUGAUUCCGUCUGAGAAGCUAAGGGCGGCCUGUCCCUCCUUGUCACCAGCAGAGAAGAGGCGUGGUCUCUAUGUUUGCACUUCUCCCAGGAUUUCGUCGUGUCAAGAGAAAUUGUGUAUGGUAUUUUGGUUUCAAAAUAAAUGUAAAUACUUG